AUGCCCAUCGUAUACGCACUCGUCUCGCGCGAGAAGACUGUGCUGGCCGAGUACACGGCCACGUCGGGCAACUUCCCAACCGUCACGCGCGUGCUCUUGGCCAAGAUCCCCCCCACGGACGGCCGCAUGUCGUACGUCUACGACCGUCACCUGUUCCACUACAUUGUCGAGGGCGGCGUCACGUACCUGUGCAUGGCCGACGACGAUCUCAAACGCCGCGUGCCGUUCCUCUUCCUCGAGGACAUGAAGAAUCGGUUCCAAGAAGCGUACGGCGAACGCGCCCGCUCAGCGAUCGCGUUUGCGAUGAACAGUCAGUUCCAGCACGAGAUCCGACGGCUGCUCGAGUACUACAAUGCGAACCCCGACGCGGACUCGCUGUCGAGGGUCCGGCAGCAGAUUGACGACGUCAAGGACAUUAUGGUCGAGAACAUUGAAAAAGUGCUGGACCGGGGCGAGAAGUUUGAGCUGCUCGUGGACCGCACGGACAAACUCAAUCGCCAGUCGGUCAAGUUCGAGCGCUCGUCGACGCUCCUGCGCAAGUCCAUGUGGCGACGGAACGCCAAGCUCUGGCUGCUGCUCGUGGCCGUCGGGCUCUUUGUGAUCUACCUCGUCGUCUCGAUGGCCUGCGGCUUUGACUUGAGCGGCUGCUCGGGCAAACGGGACGGCGAGUGA